AUGUCCUCCGCUAUCACUGCUUUGACACCCAACCAAGUAAACGAUGAAUUGAACAAGAUGCAGGCUUUCAUCAGAAAGGAGGCCGAAGAGAAGGCUAAGGAAAUCCAGUUGAAGGCCGACCAAGAGUACGAAAUUGAGAAGACUAACAUCGUGAGAAACGAGACCAACAACAUCGAUGGUAACUUCAAGAGCAAGAUGAAGAAGGCCACGCUAUCGCAGCAAAUCACUAAGUCUACGAUAGCCAACAAGAUGCGUUUGAAGGUCCUUUCCGCCCGUGAACAAUCACUGGACGGGAUAUUCGAAGAGACCAAGAAGGAGUUGGCGGGUCUUGCCGGCAACAGGGACAAGUACAAGCCCAUCUUGCAGUCAUUGAUCGUGGAGGCGCUCUUGAAGUUGUUGGAGCCCAAGGCCAUUGUCAGGUCUCUUGAGAGAGACGCUGAUUUGAUUGAGUCCAUGAAGGACGACAUCAUGCGCGAGUAUGGUGAAAAAGCCCAACGUGCCCCAUUGCAGGAAAUUGUCUUGUCCACGGACUACUUGAACCCAGAAACCGUUUCUGGUGGUGUCAUUGUAUCCAACGCCUCUGACAAGAUUGAAGUCAACAACACUUUGGAGGAGAGAUUACAAUUGUUAAGCGAAGAGGCAUUGCCUGCCAUCAGAUUGGAGUUGUACGGUCCUUCCAAGACAAGAAAGUUCUUCAACUGA